AUGACACCAAUGGCUGACAUGGCCAAUAAAUCCUUGGACUUUAAUGAGCAAGUAAGGCAAUGGGUGGAUGAGACAAGAGAAUUCAUGAUAUCCAACUCCAUGUUAAAUGUCAUAAUGCUAGCACUCAGCGUCAUCCUCCAUGGUGUGCUAUCUCUAGCAGGCGUCUUGUCCAACAGCGUCAACGUGCUCGUCUUCAUUCGACUUGGUCUCAAGGACAGCAUGAGUGUUGGACUUUGGGCGCUAUCUUUUACAGAUCUUGUGGUAUCGGCUUUACAACUGGGUGGGUGUAUCUCAUAUUUAGUCGCUAUAAUAUACCCACGAAAUCUUAUCGAUAUUUGGUAUAUCGGUAGAUUUUAUUUUAGCUGGGCGAGGUAUGUGGGCUACUUCAUAUCCUGCUGGAUAACUACCAUCAUUGUUUUAGAAAGAUGCUACUGUGUCGUCUCACCGUUUCGUGUAAGGCAGGUGUUUACAAAAACAAAAUGUGUCAUGUUCAUCAUCGCAAUUUGUGUCGUACACAUCGCAAUGCUUGUUCCAGUAUACACAUUCCCCCAUUUUGAAUGGGGCCGCUACAGCACUGGCGAAAAGGACGAAAACGGGACGGAUACUUACUACAUGCAAAUAAAACUGCAUCUUACUGUCGAAUCAGCGAAGUCGCAAUUCAUCAUAAACAUCAUGGAAGGCGUGGUCUUGUCCGUGACGUCCCAAGUUUUGAUCAUCCUCUGCACUGUUUGGAUGAUCUAUUCCUUGAAGUCGUCAUCAAGAAUCCGGAGUUCUCAAGAUUGCAAGAAUGUCAACAAUCUCUCAGCACGGGAGAAACGCCUAGUUAAAGUCGUGAUUCUACUGGCUAUCAUCCAAACCGCCUGCAACAUUCCCAGAUUUUUCGUCACCAUCGUGGUCCAUCACGUUCUUCCUGGUGUACAGCUGGGAACCUACAACAACCUCGGUAUUCUCAUGUGGGAGGUCGCCAAUGUCUUCAGUACAACGUGUUGUGUCAUCAAUAUCUUUGUGUACCUCACACUCAAUGCUAAUUUUAUCAAUCAAUUUUGCUCAGUUUUCAAGAAAAGGUUGUACUCUCAGCAACAUUAA